UUUUGUAUCAAAAAUAUUGGGAUGAUUCAUUAACAUGGAUAUUAACAGUGACGUUUUAUCUGAAAAUGUUGAAGCUUACGUGGGUUUUUUUGCGUGACCGUACAGGCUAAAACGUUAAAUCUUGCAUUUAGACCUGGAUCUGCUGAAAAAAAAGUUAGUGAUAGGCAUAUUUUAUAUGAACGAUCUAUUUCAAAUAUAUGGACAACAAAGAUUGGCGUAGAUUUCUUUGCACGCGCUUCCAAGAGUACAAGCCUGGAGUACAGAGUACAACUUGUACUGUGCAAGUCGCCGAGUUUCGACACCGUCACACAUGCUUAUAAUUACAUUUAAACGUAUCAACAUUUUGAUCUCGUUGCAAAUGUGGUGCAGGUUAAGGCGGAAGUUAAGGAGAAAAAUUAUUAUAGCUUCUAACAAGGGUUGUCUGUCAACGUUAUGUCCACGUGGCCACGAAUGGUAAACAGCCACCUGUUGAGCACGCGUGACGUGUUAAAUAUUUAUGCCGAAUAUUAAUAAGACUUAGAACAUGAAUGAGUCGCGAGUGAAUAAACUUCACAAACCAAAACAAGACGACUAUAUUAGUUAGUCUCUGAAUUUCUCAGAUCUGUGGUUCGUUGAAGAUGUGCACCCUUCUCUGCCUGACAGGUGCAAGCAUACUGGAAUCGAGCACGAGGAAACAAUGAGGAAGGACCACUGUCUUCAGAUUCUGCCCCUGAGGCGAUUUUUUCUAUCCUUGACGGAUGAAACGAAGGGAAAGAUAUUGUAAUUCUGGGUGAAAGUGGAACUUCUGAAAAGAAGAUCGAUCAGGAAAAUAAUAGAAUUCAAGGUGGUGUUGAGGAUUGGCUAUUGCAACGUAACAGGAUGAAAGAUUAUUAUUAUGAAGACUUUGAGGUGUUAUCACAGACUGCCCGUGAAGUGUGGCUUGCUGAACAGUGCUCUGCCUUUGAAACACAAAUACAGACCCUGUCACGUGAGAGAGAAAAGGAUCAUUUUCUUGAGGAGCUGUAUCGUAAACUUAAACAAGUAACCCGUCGCUGGCAGUCCUGGAAUCAUAGGUCCUUUGGAGGAGUUAUCUCUAGAGGGUAUGUCGCUGAGUUAGCCUCAUGGGAAAGAAAUGUUCAACUCCGCGGAAUCUUAGUCCCUAAAAGUCAAUCAAACUCUCCGGAAUCAAAUGUGCUUCAGCGAUUUGACGAACUUUGUAUGAGCUUUGAGAAUCUGCUCGAACGCUUUAGAAAAGGCAUUUAUCAGCCACUUAGCGACUUUUUUCAAAAUGAAAAAAUACUUUCGCACCUCAAAAGCGUUCCUAAAGACCUGGAGAAGGUUUUAACUCAAUGGAAUGCUCUGCUGACUUCUGGUGCCAUUGACGAGAAGUUAUUUAGCCGAACCAGUGCCGAAGGACUUUAUCCAAUAGGAAUACGAAAUAGGAUACACGACUAUGAUCUCGUGUUACGACUUAUUCCGGACCUGACCGAGAAAGCUUACGAGGCCUUACGACUGGCGCGUCGCUGGAGGUUAAUAGGGAAAACCUCGGCCAUUCAACGUGACGAAACUUACAUCAUUUCUAGAGAACAAACAGCUAGACUCCACAAGCGUCGCACUUCGAAAACUUUAAAGAAAGUAAGCACGUUAGAAGAAGAGUUGGAAGAGUCUAAAGCACAGUGUAUCUCCCUUGAAGCAGAACUGAACAAGUCGAAUGCUAAAUGCGAAGCCAUUGAAAAGGUUGUUACGGUGUACCGGCAGCAAUGUAACCAAUUAGAGAACGAGUUAGAUGCCGUGAAGAGAAGGUGCGAAUCUCUAAAAGAACAGUUAGAAAACGCAAAAAAAGAAAGCCGGAAUGCUUCUAACGAAGCUGAAAGUUCUCAGGAGCAUUGCCGUGUCUUGCAACAAGAACUGAACAGUGCUAGACUUAAGUAUUGUACGCAGAAAGUUAAGUUCAUAAACACCAAGAAACGUUGCAGUCAAGUUACAACCCAGCUUAAUGCUACUCGAGAACAGUUAACGCAACUCCAAAGCGAACUGGAAGCGAGAAAGAAACGUUGUCAAGCGCUCCAAGUUAAACUGGAAAAUUCCAAGAAAAACAUCUUUACACAAGGCAACAUGCUAGAUGUGUUACAGAACCAGUGUUAUAUGCUAAAAGAAGAGCUGGACGGAACAAAAGCGAAGUGCUUGCAGUUAACCUGUGAACUGGAAAAAUCUCAGGAUAGAUGCUCUACACUGGAGAAAGAAGUGAAACAUUUGAAAGAACAGUAUCAAACCUUAGAGACAGAACUGAGGAGAGCGAAGACGCGCGAAGAACUGUUAGUUCAACAGAACACGCAGUUACGCAAACUGUUUCAAGAUAACGGGAUGGAGGAACCGAAUUUGCUAAAGGUCACUUUACACGCCCCAGACACAGGUAUACUACGUUAUUAACCACGGAGACAUCCCGAAGUUUAGUUUGUCAACGUAUGCUCUCUUUCUCUGUUUAGGUUCCACGUGAUUAGAAGCUGUUAGGAACUGUGUUCAUCGAUUGUAGCCUGGGUUCUAGUCGCUGUUAAAGAACAGAGUAACAACGUUGCCGCUAUUUGUACACUACCUCUCACUUCAAGUGAGAGUUUCUAAUACAACAACAUUUUUCAUUCUCCGCAACACCAGGUCACGAAUUUGUCGAAAACGUAGCAUACGUUUCUGACAAAAGGAUGCUUGUCUCAUGUAAAAUACUUCCCGUGUUAAAAAGAAAACAACUGACAUAUUCACCAUUCUUUAACGUUCAUAGCUUGCGAUCACUUUCCAACGUUUUGUUUACAUCCUGGACUGGAACGUGACGUCAUGUAUGAUUUGGUCGUUCGUCGUGUCUUUCUCGUGCCCGACCCUUUGCGCAUGCGUGCAGGUUCUGACCAAUCCACGGAGAUGGUGUGUAAUAGUUUAUCUUAACAUAUAAAAUACAAAAUACAAAUACAUUUUAUUUUACGUGGAACAUACGCUUAACUGUAUCGUUUAGUUUAAGAAAUUUGAACCAGCUUUUUCACAGAUGUGCCACAAGAAAAGUUAUAUAUAAAUAAAUAAAAGAAAAAUAUGUAGUGAAAAUAUAUAAACCUAUUUACAGUUAAAAAUAAAACUAUCAUAGAAUAAGAGCUAUUUACGGGAUAAGAAAGUAAUUCAUGGAUACUACGGUUUCUAAAGUAUUGAUCCAUUUCUGAAAAUUUUUCUUAAAGUUUUAACCGUUCCAACCCUAAGUAAGCUAUUCCAAAAUAAACUAAACUACUGGAAUCCUAAUUUUAUCUAUACUGUUGGAAAAUGAAUUAAAUAUUUUCAUGGUCAUUGCAUCUGUUAUUGUAAAAUCAAUGCUUUACAUAGAUUGAUAUAAGUAUUAUAUAAAAGAAAUAUAAGAAUUAAGAUAAGAAUUCAUACACGGGACUUGUCCCAGACAAAUCAGUAUUAUUAUAAGAUUAUCACACGAAUUGUAAUUUUAAUAACUGUUAGAGAUUUAUAGACAUGUGCUAGAUAAUUUAGAGAGUAAAGCUAUACAGAUGUUAAGAUAGGUAGAGAGAAUCUAUAUUGUAACAACAAACAGGCAUGGAACACGCCAAUAGUUUAUAAGUUACUUCAGGGCUGGGUGCACAAAUGAGUUUUUAAUUUCCAAUGAAAAUGUAUGGGUCAAAUCUGUGACAGUAUUUAAAAACAGUAACUAUAGAAAAUGAAACAAAGAAAUAAGUUAAAUGUUUAAUAUAAUUAAACACAGAAAAGAAAUAAAUGGUUGAACGAAAGUAUGUGCGUUUCAUUCUUUUUGCCUCUUGCUAUCCUGUGAACAGACUCCUUAGUCGAGGAUGGGGCGAAGAGAGAGGGAAGGAAGAGGGUAGAAGAAAGCCCCCACCCCGUAGGCCCCUGCGGCCACUUCAUUCUCAGCCAGUUCCUUCUCGGCCCCUCCAGCCGUGGUUAGA